AUGCGGACCUUUUGGCCUCUUCUAGCAAUUGUUAGUUUGGUUGCUGCGCAGGAGUCGCUCCAAGCUCAAGAUUAUGCUACCACGACAUCGCCUUCUGGUGGAUAUGGGAAUCCAUUGCCGCCACCCCCGUCGUCAAGUAGAUAUCCUGUGAGUUCAUCGUCUAGAAGGUCUUCAACCGCACCCUCUAGCACGAGGCGAUCUUCUUCUUCUAGAAGCUCUCAGAGAUCGUCAACCAGCUCGUCUGAAUACCCUGUCUACCCACCACCAAGUUCAUCGCGCCCCCCUGCGACUUCAUCAUCAAGAUCAUCGCGGUCCUCUGUUAGUUCAUCACCGUCUUCCGGAUACCCUACACAGCCUUCCUCGGGAACAUGUAGAGCAGAGACUAUCACUUCAACGAAGGAGGUCCUGACGACGACUACCACGACGAAAGAGGUUCCUGUGCUGACUACGACUACUUCAACUACAACGACAACGAUACCGACUACUGUAACGACGACUUCCACAACCAUUAGUUACAACACUACUACUGUCUUUGAACCAACGACAUAUACUACGACCCAGUUGAACACGACAACAACAACAACUACAUGCACAACUACUACUACGGAAACCAACAAUAUUACAGUGACUGUUACCAUUACUAAUGUGAGCAUCCAACCAUCUGUGUACACAUCAGUAGAGUCAAGAUUCAGCAUCAGCACCUUCUUGACGACAUCGCUCACAUACAUUACGUCUUGGUUGACUGUGACCAUCACUGAAGCGGGGACAACGUACAUAAGUUAUGUCCCAACUACAAUUCCUGUUACUGUCACUGCCACUACUACAGAGCAGUAUACGACAGUUGAAACAAGCGUUCAAAGUGUUCCGUACACUGUCACAUCUAUUCACACUACUCCCGUGACAUCUACCUACACAUUCGUAUCUUUUUUUACCAGUUGGAUAACUACCUAUAUCACAACUGCUGGAGAGACGGUUACGAGCUAUAUUCCCACUGUCAUUCCUACUACAAUCACAGAUACGAUUACCCAAACUGAGAUUGUCCCUACGCCAGGACCGACUCAGACGUCCUUCAUUACGGAAACAAUCAUUUCGACCAGUAUCAGCACCAUCGUCACGACAGUGACUCUCGAGCCUGAGGUUGUGACAACGACACUGACUCUCUCUGGAACUACCGAGACUGUGACCACGACGCUACCAGCAAGCACAGUGACAACAACGAUUCUCUCCACAUUGACAUUCACCGAGACCCAACUUGUUCCGACAACAGUAGAGAGAACCGUGACACCGAGUUCCACGCCCGUUUCAACGCCAUCAUCCUCAUCCUCAUCCUCAUCUGCGACGAUUUCGUGCUCUAGUGAUUGCCAAAUCACUGUCACGGCUACGCGAUUAGAGUAUCCUGGUACAGUGAUUGUAUCCACUGUGAGAUAUCCUAUCACUAGCGUCGAUGUAUAUCUUGACGAACAAGGUCAAACGACGAGCUCAUCGACGCAAAUCAGAGCCGUACCAAGUGCCACGCAGACAAUUACCUGGGAACACUCUGAUGUGACAUUGACGUAUCCAACUGUCUAUGCGCAGUAUGCCGAAUUCAGCCAUAUUACUGUAGAGCCUGUCGGGACAGUUUGUUCUACCGAGAUCUCCAGCUUGACAUUGCCAUCUCCAACAGAAUACUCGUCGCUAAUUCUGCCCACGAGUGAGAUUCCGGAUCCUGCAUACGUCGCACCAACAGUGGUGAGCUAUCUAAACGGUCUUCCGACCAUUAGAGAACAGCUAGGAAAACCUAUUGGAUCUGGAGCCUGCGAUCCACUUAUUACAACUGCAAAUCCUCGCGAUACAUCAUCCCUUGGAGAGACUGUCUCUGUCACAACAGUACCGGAGGUGGAGAUCACCACGACGAGUACCCACACUGCACAGAGUGCCGUCCGUCCCUCUAGCAGUGCGCCAACUCCUUCGGCCUCUGCCAGUGCUCAAUCCUCAACGGAGUCCCAACCACCUCCUCCACCAUCUAGCACGCCUGUGCCUGAACCAUCGGAAACUCCUGGACCUCCAGAUGUUUCCAGUAGUGUAGCUUCUGAGCCUGAGCCCACACCCAGUGAGUCGGCGCCUUCCGAGUCUAUCCCCAGUAUGUCCGGUACCACGAACCCUGUUUCAAUUACCAUUCCCUCUGUUACUGCUUCUCGAUCCCCCAGUGCAGCCCCAGUUCCGUCGUCUUCUUUUGCAAGUAGCGCGGCUGACUCCUCCGAAGCCACCAGUCCCGUUUCGUCUUCCUCGCCUCCGGAGCCAUCUACAGCAGAAUCAAGUCUUGAACUGCCCCCACAAAGCACUUUGGCCUCGGUUCCACCGGCUUCUGAAGAUACAUCCAUAACCCAGGAUAUUCCUACCUCGACAGUGUUCCAGGGAACCACGACUACAGUUUCUUCGCCAGCGAGCGAAUCUGGGCCACUAGAAGUCUCCACUAAUGCUGCCGUUCCUCGUGGUGUCGCAAAGAUUGGCAGAAUCGAAGGAUUGAUAAUUGGGGCCGCUGGCCUGGGCCUAGGGUGGGUGUAA